AUGUCCCGCUACGAAGACGUUCACAAGAAUACCUCUGGCCCUGGGGAUGCUCGACCAACAGCCCUGCAAAUCGUGCAGGACGAAGGUCUCGAGGGCGCUUUGGCGGAUAAAAUCUUUUUGAUCACUGGUACUUCUGCUGGAAUUGGCGUCGAGGUUGGCCGUGCUAUUGCUGCGACCGGCGCUCGCGUUUUUCUCGCUGUGCGGGAUCUGGAAAAGGGCAAGGCUGCGUGCUCUUCUUUCUUGAAGCCUGGUCAGGUUGACUUGAUACGCCUCGAUACAUCUGACAUGUCCUCCGUUCGUGCAUGCGCCACUGAGCUCCUAGAUAAAUCGGCUACACUCAAUGUCCUCAUCAACAACGCCGCCAUCAUGGCGACACCAUCACGCAUAGAGACCAAGGAUGGUUUCGAGCAACAACUAGCCACCAACUAUCUCGGCCACUUUCUCCUCUUCUGGCUCCUCAAAGAUGCCCUCCUCAAAGGAUCAACCCCAGAGUUCAACUCCCGCGUCGUCAACGUAUCUUCCUCAGGCCACCACGCUUCAGAGAUCAUCUACGACGAUUUCCAGCUCAAAGCCCCAGACGCCUAUACCCCGUUCAAAGCCUACGGCCAGAGCAAGCUCGCCCAGAUCUACAUGUCGAACUACAUCGACCGUGUUUACGGUCCCACGGGCCUUCACGCUACUAGCGUCAUGCCCGGUGGCAUCGCUUCAAACCUCCAGAAGCAUAUGCCUGAGUCAGUGCUCAGAGACAUGAAGGAGAAUCCAAAGACGAUGAAUUUCAUGAAAAGUCCCGAACAAGGUGCUGCGACUACGGUUCUGGCAGCAGUUGGCAAGGAGUGGGAGGGCAAAGGCGGAAAGUACCUUGAGGAUUGUCGACCUUCCAGACCGGAGCCGUUAGUCCCGGGCGCGAUGGGGUAUAAAGAGUAUAUCUAUGAUUCAGAGAAGGAGAACCAAACCUGGGAGCUGACUUUGGAGACAUUGAGUCUCCAAGAGAGGUCUUAG